AGCGGAUUCACGACAGUUUCUCAAACAUACAUCCGCCUCACUUUACGGUAGUUUACAUCGCUUGCAGCCAGGCAUCCUUAAAAGGUGAUGCGUAUUGGACUUCCCUGUGCAGAGACGCUGCAAGGUGGAUCGGUAAAAGCUUGGAUUUUGACAGUCCUCGUGAGCGUGUUUAUGUUCCAGCUGCUGAGGACUGUUGGACUGAGGGCGUUCUCCAUGGCAUCAGAGACGUACACAUCGGGCACGCACUCCGCUGCCUUCGUCACCUGUCCCAAUGACACAGUGGCUAAAGACCUGGCCAGGGGCAUUGUGGAGAAGAAGCUGGCUGCCUGCGUCAACAUCGUUCCGGCAAUCACAUCUGUAUAUGAAUGGCAGGGGAAGAUAGAGGAGGACAGCGAGGUGCUGCUGAUGAUUAAAACAAGAAGUUCUAAAGUGCCGGCUCUCGCUGAAUAUGUCCGAUCUAACCAUCCUUACGAGGUGGCCGAGGUCAUCAGCAUGCCCAUCGACCAGGGGAACCCGCCUUACCUAAAGUGGAUUGGAGAUGUCGUCCCUGAAUAAGGAUGGACUAAUGGAUGAGUGAAUGAGUUGAUGGACGGAUGGAUGCAAAUGAAUCUAAACAAAUGUGAAAUUACUGUUCCCUACUUUCUAAAUCAUAUCUGAUGCUUAGACCCACUCUGAGCCCCACUAUCCAAAUUUGUAAUGUAAGUACCCAUUAUGUGGAUUUUAAAGUAACACAUUGGGUGUUUUGAAAUAAUUAAAACUGUUACAUCCUCUAAUCCUGUUUUGCUUCAUUUGAGGCCUUUUUAAGUGGGUGAUAUUGUUUUCUCCUCUAGUAUAUUUAACUCUAGAGGGCAGCAUUGUUCCUUUUAUAUUCAAAGUUAACCAAGUGUAGAAUAAACCUGCUACAACUUGUGAGUUGCUUGAAUAAAGAGCAAAGAAGCAUUUUUUGCAAUAAAGUGGAUU